UGAACCAGCGGCAACCGUGAGAAUCAUCCCAUGGCGAUGCACGAAACCACGGCCCGAGCCGGCAUCACGCUGUACCCCGACGAGGGCAAUGAUCCAACCAUUGAGUUCAUUCAGCCUGAUGGCACGGAGAUUCCUACCGAGGAGCUGUCGGAGGCGCAGCGAUUCGCGAAUAUUGUGACGCAGCUGGAGAAGAGACGGCAAAAAAGCAAACAAGCUGCGUCUGGCGGUGGAGGAGCAUUGAAGAGGGUGAAGCGAGAAGGCGAUGCGCCGACAACGGACGACGACGACGAGAUGUCGAUCGGGACGAGUGCCGAGGCAGAAUUCGAGACUGCAAUCGACCCACGAGCUCACUACCGCCCGAUGGUGGCCGAGUUGCAGGCGUCCGUAGUGGAAUUGUAUCAACUCGUGAACACGGUUGAUCUGGUUCGUCCCAGCAAGGCGCCGACCAAGGAACCACGCUUCCUGGAAGAAGUUCAUUGCUUGCGAGACGACUCGCACCUGAAAGUCACAAAGGAGGACUUGGCAUAUCUCCUCACGUCCAAGUCGAGCCAAGUGAACGACGCCGCCGACAUUUUGUUGAACGGAUCCAAGUCGCUUCAGGCUGGGAUCACAAAGGAGCGCGUGUUCUUCACGGGUGUGCGCAAGCUGUUGGGCAAAUGGAAAAUCUGCGCACCAAUGCACGGCACAAUUCCCAAGCCUUUUCGAGCGGGCGAGGGCCUCGCCGUCGACUGCAGCUAUGUCAGUGCGGGAUCGACGUUUACGCCUCAAGCAAUGCCGAUCAGCUCCAUUGCGUACUCAGAGCUCAGCCGCACGAGCGACGGGAUGGUGUGUGUAAAGGAGCCAGAAUUCUACCUGCGCCGAACAGUCAAGCUGAAGGUCGAAAACGUCGCGGUAGGGUCGAUCGGGUCGUAUGUCCUCCCGAGAAAGCAGUCCAAGCCCACGUACGUGCUCAGCAUGAUCCUUGUCCGACUUGAUGGCGCUAGGGACGACUCGAAAUUUGAUGGGUUUGGCGACGAAGCCACCACCACCAUCGAUGACGACAACGAAGUGCUCCUCGCGGACAUUCAGCAUUCGAUCUUUUGUGAAGAGGCUUUCCACACCAUUAUGCAAGAAGCGCUGCUGCCGUCCGCGAGAUGGGUCGACUCUGCGCAUCAUUUGGCCAACUACCUGGACGACCGAACGACGGCGGCCGGCGUGAGCACGAAUGCGCCCGUGUCCGUGCUGUGCAUCAAGGAUGACGAAGUGCGCGUUCGCAUUGACGAGCACCACAUCCUGACGGUCAGUCUUGUGGAUUCCGACGACAACGAUGGUGCCGCCGAUGCCAUCCAGGACGCGACGCUGCAAGAAUCGUGCAAGUAUGCAUUGGCUCUGAUGCAGCACGAACUGCGCAAUUUUCACAGCGUGUGCAAAAACUAUCAUCGCAACUCCGCGCUCGACACGUCCAAGCCAUCCAACCAGCCGCCGCCGACUCCGCGGGUCCUCCAGGCCCUUGUGACCGUGCUGUCCCACAACCUGCUCACGGCCAGUUUGAUGGCGUUCCUCGACACCUUGAGCGCCAAGCUCGCAUGUCCCACGGGCUCUUCAGCCCACAACGUCGUGCGGCUUUUGGAGGACUGCACGUGCCAGCCGCUUUGUGACACGGUCCGCGGCAUCUUUGUCCUGGCGCGGUGGAAAAUUUGCCAGCGCGUGGCAAGUCUGUCGUCGGUCGAUCUGCACAUUGGCAAGAACUUUGUAACAGAAAUCACCGUGCGCGGCACCCGCAUCCAUUACGUCGACCUCUCGCUCAACCAGCGCGAAGUGUGUGGCGUCGAUGGGUUCCGCGUCUUGGUGUGCUCGCUGCUGUCCAAGCACGUUGCCGAGUGCUUGUACCAGGACGCGCUGGCGCUCGGAUUGAAGAAGGCAUCGAUCGACAACGAUCACAUGACGGUGCGCAUUCUGGCGCCAGGCGAGUGGGACGGUUCGUUUGUCGGCGAAGGCAAGGUGCCCGAUGAAGCCACAGUCGGGUGCAUAACGCUGCAACCGACCGUGUCGCCGACCGGCCACGUCAACUUGGCCUGCUUUGUGCAAGCAAUCGACGUCGCACCCGUCGAGGCGCACAUCAUUUCCGACUCUGAACACACCACCGCGAUCGACUGGAUGAGUCUGCCAGGCCCAAGCGAUGCCGCUCGCCUCCUCUGGCUUCUUCGGAGCGUUGGGGUCGUGCCGGACGUGCUCAAGUAAUUCCUCUUCUCGACUAGGACAGCUCGACCAUGCGGCUAAACUAGCUUCGUCCCAAACACUGCAUUAACAAGUUGAUGGUGAGCAGCUACUCUUCUUCGACACCGAGCCGCUCCGCCUUGGCGAGCUCGAUCGCGCCUUUGAUCAUGUUGAUGGAUCGCACGCGAUCUUGCCUGAGCACACUGAACGAGAUGAUCCCGACGAGCAGGCCCUUUCGAUCGACCGCCGCGCCGCCGGAGAACCCAUUGUCGAGUUGGGCGGCGGUGCGCAGCAUGGCUUUGGGGACCUCGACGCCUUGGAAUCCCUGGGAGUCGGUGCCCGAGCAAAUCGCGUGGUGCACUGUGAUUGUAUUGUGGCCGCUGCUGGGAUAUCCAAACAUCCACAUUUCGUCGCCGGGCUCGACAUUGUUUGAGUUUCCGAUGGGCACUGCCGGCAACUUGACCACCAAGUUGGACGACUCGAGCUGGCGGACCGUCCAAGUGCUUGCGAUGCUGCGCUCCGUGACGUCUCCGAUGUACAGCCCGCACGGUGGGUCCGAUACGACUUCGACGUCAAUCCAAAGCAGCGCAUAGUCGAGUUCUUCAUGGCAGCAUUGGGGGAGCGCAGUCGCGCGGUACUUCCAUGCGGGUGGCUCGCUCGCCGACAUGGUCGGUGCGAUCAGGAUCAUGAACGAGUCAGGGUCGGUGAUGCAGUCGAACUCAAAUUGUUCGCUCACGAGACAGUGUCGGGCGGUCGCGACCAGGCCUCGUUCAUGGAGAAUGAUGCCUGACCCGACGUUGAGCAGCUGGCCAUCGAUCGUGAGGACUGCGAUGCGCACCGUCGACUGCUGCACGCGGCGCACGAGGGAUGCCUUGUACUGCUUUACGAGUCGUCGCCGCGUUUCAAUCUUUUCGGUCGGCGUAAGAAUCGGACCGUCGGCGUAUGAGUCGUUGGGCACGUUUUCCCUGUCGUCAGGGUCAUCGUUGGCCAACAGCGCGACGGCAUUCAUAAGCUUUAUGCGAGGUCCGGCCGGGAUGCCGAGGUCACGCAAAUGCCCGGCGUUCAUCAUGCACAGCGCUUCGAUGUCGAUCUCUUCCUGCUCAAAUAGCGGCGUGUACUUUCCAAGGCCGAGGGACGUCAAGAGGUCCGCCAUGGCGGCAAACGAUUUCUUCUUUUCUGCC